AUGAACGACCAGCGGGACAUUAAACUGUUUUUACUCUGUACACUUUUCAUCUUCAAACUCUUUGUGCUCCAAGGAUUUAUUUGCCAGGAGUCAAAGUCAGAACAUAAACUGCCCAGGAGGGUUAAUGCACUGCGGCAGAAACGGGAUCUCUUCCGUGAAGAGACUCUUAGUGCAGUGCUAUCUGAUUCUGCUCUCCCUCGAAGAGUUCUUCAUAAUUAUACAGCGAGAGAUGCAUCAACAGAAUAUUGUGGGUGUCUUAAUGGAGGCUGGUGUCAGGAGGAAGGACGUUGCGAUUGUGCUCAGUUCCAAGGUCUCGGGGAUCGUUGUCAAAUCAUUCCCAACCACGGCCAGGACCGGGAUGGGAUUUGCCGUUCAUGGGGUCAGAAUCAUUUUGAGACCUUUGAUGGAAUGUAUUACUACUUCCCUGGUACCUGUUCGUAUAUUCUGGCCAAAGACUGCCACUCUUCAGAGCCACAGUAUACAGUAUGGGUUCAUAACAGUCGUUCAUGUAGAGCUUCAGUAUAUUCAUGUUCUCGUGCUUUGAGUCUGUUCUUCCCAAAUGAAGAAGAGAUCUAUAUUAGUGGCUACCAGGUGCUCAAGGGUGGACAAAGGCUGAGUCUGCCUCAGACAGUGCGUAAUGUUUUCAUCGAGCGCUUGGCUGACUACAUCCUAGUGAAAACCACAUUUGGCUUCUCCAUGGCGUGGGACGGGAGCUCUGGAGUCUACCUCAAAAUGACCGAAGCACACAGAGGGAAGCCUUGUGGUCUGUGUGGAAACUAUAAUGAUAACGGAUUGGAUGAUCUCAGCAGCAGUCACGGUUUAGUCUCUGAAGACAUUGCUGAGUUUGGGAACAGCUGGGCCGUAGAGUUGCCCCACGAGAGAGGCUGUCCUGAAGUUGAUGAUGAUUUUCCUGGACCAUGUUCAUCUGAGUCAGAUAUGGAUAAUGCCAUUGAGAAGUGCAGUGCUUUGCUUUUCUUCCCUUUCAUCUCCUGUCAUGAAAACAUCGACCCAAAUCCAUUUGUCGCCAGCUGUGUUUCCGACAUGUGUGUUUCAGAUGAUAAAGAGACGUUUUGCCGGACUCUGGUCGAGUACACCAGAGCCUGUUCUCAUGUAGGAUACCCCGUCAGAGAAUGGAGAGACAGUUUUCCCACAUGCGCGGAUGGAUGUGAGGACAGCUUUGUACACAGAGACUGUAUCAGCUGCUGUCCACCAACAUGCACAUUUGAGAAGGAGUGUUUGGGCACCAACCUUCAUUGUCUGGAUGGAUGUUACUGUCCUGAUGGCCUAAUCUUGCAGAAUGGGACCUGUAUAGCAGUCUCUCAGUGCCCCUGUGUGUACCAUGGUAAAGCGUAUCCCCUGGGUCAUGUACUGGAGCAGGGCUGCAGUGUCUGUGUCUGUAUGGGAGGUGUGUGGAACUGUACUGAAAAUAAUUGCACAGUGGAGUGCACUGUAAUGGGCGACGCACAUGUGACCACGUUUGAUGGGCGGAUCUUCAUGCACACGGGCUCUUGUCAAUAUGUGCUGGUGAAGAGUCGCGGCAACACCAAGUUUACUGUCACGCUACAGUACACAAACUGCGGAGAGUCUCAGGAACACUCAUGCAUUCAUUCAGUGAUUCUGGUGGUGGAUGAGGACGUCAGCAGACAGGUCACUCUCACCAAAGAAGGGGAAGUUGUCAUUGGGGCCAGUAUGGCUGUUAACCUGCCCUACUCCGAUGACGUGGUGAACAUACGUCGGCUGACGUCGCUGUUUGUGGGUCUUCGGUCUGUGUUUGGACUGAGGUUUCAGUAUGACUGGCAGGGUGGGCGGAUCUACCUGCAGCUGGACAGCACUUGGAUGGGCUCCACACUCGGCCUCUGUGGAACCUUCAACGGCAACCUGCGGGAUGACUUCCUUUCUCCUGCUGGAAUGAUCGAAGGAACGCCACAGCUGCACGUCAAUGCCUGGAAAGUGUCUUCAGCAUGCACAAGCCCUGUCAACAUUCCCAUUAUAGACCCCUGUGAAAUGAACCAACAAAAUGUAUUUUAUGCGGCGCAGUGUGACGUGCUAUUGCAGGAAGUGUUUGCGCCAUGCCAUACCUACGUGAGUCCCAGUGUGUACCACCAGCAAUGCCGAUACCAGGCCUGUCGAUGUGGCAGCACCUGCCUUUGUACUGCACUCUCACACUAUGCCUACAUCUGCGCCAAACAUGGUGUCAUCAUCAACUUCAGAGCGCAUGUCUCUGAGUGUGGUAUGGUUUGUUUAGGUGGGAUGAUGUAUCACCCAUGCACAUCAGCGUGCAGGAGGACCUGUCAAUCAAUCAGCAGUGGUGAAGUGUGUGAUGGUGAUUGUGCUGAAGGAUGCAGCUGCACUGAUGGAACAUUCUACGACCACGCACGCCAGCGCUGUGUGUUACUCUCCCAGUGUCACUGUUAUUUCAUGGGCUCCAUAUUUCAACCCGGAGAAGUUUCCUUUAGCUCCUCUGGACCAUGUCUCUGCACAAAUGGUCGUAUGGAGUGUGUGCCUGAGGAAAGAGAGCCUGACAGAGGAGACUGUCCCAAUGGUAAAGUCUACCACAGCUGCAGGGCUCAUAGUGGGCUGGGACCCUCAGGUGUGGGCGUGGCCUGUGAGCUUACCUGUCGAAACCUGAUGCUGAACCUCACCUGCCCUCCGAUGACCCCAUGUGUUCCAGGAUGUGGAUGUCCUGCUGGGCUAGUUGCUCAUAAUGGAGACUGCUAUUACCCAGAGAACUGCCCCUGUUCAUGGCUCGGUCUAGAGUAUCUCCCUGGAGAGGCAGUGGACACUCCGUGCUAUCGCUGUGUGUGUCAUCGUGGCUUCUUUAACUGCACAUAUUCACCAUGUCCGGCAGUGUGUACCAUAUACAGUGACCGUCAUUAUCAUACAUUUGAUGGUCUGGAAUACGAUUAUGUCAGCGACUGCCAGGUGUAUCUGGUGAAGAGUGUUGGUCAAACGGAGGUCUCUAUCAUGGCUCAGAAUAAAGACUGCUAUGAAAGUGGUAUUGUUUGCAUGAAGUACCUGCUCAUCUAUGUUGGACACACCAAAAUCUACUUCAGUGAUAACUCGGGGAAACCUAGCUCAUCUACUGUCGUGGGAAGAGGUUAUGAGUUUCAGCUGUGGGGCGCCGGCUACUACACUGUGGUUCACUUUCCCGCUCAGGACUUGACUGUUUUAUGGGACCGCAAGACAACUGUCCAUAUUCGUGUUGGACCACAAUGGAAGGGUCAACUGAGUGGUUUGUGUGGAAACUUUGACAUGGUAACAGUAAAUGACAUGACCACAGCCGGACACAUGGAAGUCAGUAAUGCUCAGGCCUUUGGAGACAGCUGGGCCGUCGGACAGUGCGAAAGUGAUUUUGUAGUGCGCAGGCUGUGUGAAGGUGAUCUCAGCCGACAGCCGUAUGCUAAACGAGAAUGCGGGCUCCUGUACAGUGACGUAUUUGCUCCGUGUCACAAUGUGGUGGAUGUGACAUGGUUCUAUAAGAACUGUCUAACGGACACGUGCAACUGCAACCGUGGGGGGGACUGUGAGUGUCUGUGCACCAGCAUUGCAGCGUAUGCACACAAGUGCUGUCAACAUGGAGUCACAGUAAACUGGAGAUCUCCUACUGUGUGUCCAUAUGAUUGUGAAUACUACAAUCAAGAGUUGGGAGAGGGACCGUUCACUUUGUCCAGUGCAGAACAGAAUGACUCGGCCUGUGUUUUUGGGGCAAAUGUGAGCAGUGGUGAAGUGUUUCCACUUUUGAGGUCCAGUGCUCAACCCAGCACCAUAUUCCACUUCAUGAUCACAACUGGACUAUACAAGGACCGAGCUUCCAGACUUCCUGUUGUCUCGCUGGAGUCUGCAGAGAGGCCCAACUACUUCCUGUGUGUCACCGGGAAUCGUGGGUUGCGGUUGGAGCACUGGCAGCCUGGCGAGGAGUUCCGACGGCAAGCGACCUUCAUCCAUCACCAGGGUUUGUGGUUACCUGGGCACUCGUCCUUUGAGUUGCACAGUCAGAAGGGCGUCUUCAUCAGUCUCACACACACACAAGCACGUGCACAGAACUACGACCACAUGUAUAACUUCAAAAUCAGCAGCAGUUUUAUCAUUGAGGAGAGCAGUUUUGUGAUCCCCUACCGCUUAAUGUGUGAGUGGAAAUAUCACGCAUGUGCCAGUCCAUGUGUGAAAACAUGCAACGACCCCGAUGCCACACGCUGCCAGUUUCUCCCUCUGGUUGAAGGCUGUUUUCCACGCUGUCCCAAGACUAUGCUGCUGGAUGAGGUGACCAGACGAUGUGUGUACAGAGAAGAUUGUGUGAUACUGUCUCCUACACCGACACCUUACAUGUUUGUGACCCGAUCAAACAGAACAACUGUGGCGUCCACAUCUGCUCCUACAGCUACAGCUACAACCACAACCACGAUGACUCCCUCCACCACAACGGCUACACCUAGUACUGCCACAAGUACAGUCCUAACUACCCCUUUGGAAACAGACGGUUUGAUUGGCAGUCCAACCACACCCACAUUUCCACCAACCACACCCUCUUUGACACCCACUUUGGCUACAACCAUGCCCACUCCUACUCCCACAACUUCCUCUCCACCAACCACUGAAACCCCUUUUGUCAGUACAGCCCCCUCCACCACCACAGCCACGCCCACUCCAGAGCCCACAACACCAUUUUUAACCACCUCAGUAACACCCACCUUAACCACAGAGGUGCUGACCACACCCGAGACGACCUCCCCAACCACCACCACCCCUCUGUUUACAACCACCCCUUUCAUUACAACCGAGAAAACAACACCAGAACCUACUUCAACAACCAUCACUACAGAGACAACGUCUGUCUUCACAACCACUGAGGAGCCCUCAACGACAACAGAAGCACUUCCAAUGACCUCUGAGGUGAUACCUUCACCAUCUCCAUCACCGGAAACAGCCAGAAUAACAACUGUUCUUCCUCCUUUCCUUCUACCUACAGGGCCUUGUACGCCUCCGUAUUCAUUGCGUGUGGACGAGUGCAGUGAGUAUAUCUGCUUUAAUGGACAGCUGAUGCUUCAUAACUCCUCCCAGCACUGCAGAUACAACAUCAGCCAACCGCAGUGUAACCUGCUUGGUACACCAAUCCAGACCAACACAGACCCCUGCUGCCCGCUGUGGCAGUGCCCAUGUCGCUGCUCUAUCAUCUCUGAUCUGCGUGUGAUCACGUUUGAUGGGAAUAAUGUGGCUCUUUAUGAUAUCGGUUCUUAUAUUCUGGUCCAUCUGCCCAGAGAGAAGAUCGUGGGACACAUAGAGAAAUGUCCCACCAGUGAGAGUGUGAACUACAUCCGGCGACCUACUCCCUCUGGUGGCACCUCUGGUUUGUGUUUUAAGAAGCUGAACAUCACCACUCACUCCUACAGAAUCAUGAUCAGUCGCCUCGAGCGCAAGGUGUCGGUGAAUCAGAUUACAGCCCGACUGCCGUUCACCAGGCAGAAUCUCCAAAUGGAUGACACUGGGACCAUGUACACCAUCGAUACACCUGGUGGCAUCAACAUAAAGUGGUACCACAGCACUGGCAUCAUGGUUCUACAAUACACCGCUCCUGAUAACACCUCCACUAGAGGGCUCUGCGGUUGUUGUGAUGGUAAUCCGGCCGAUGACCUGCGGCUGCCCAAUGGUACGGUGGUUCAGGAUGUGGAGGACAUCCCUAUGUUUCUACAUGGAUGGAUGGUGGACACAUCAGAGGACACGGAUUACUUCCGCCGAGUGGGAGACAACUGCACCACAGGCAACUGCUCCAAAUGUUUCACCAUGCUCAACCAGAGACCUUUUUCCAAAUGUCACCACAAGGUUUCUCCAGAAAACUUUUGUGAUAAGAUAUGGGCUGGUGAUCUGCAUUAUAAAGAGUAUGAGUGUGAUUUCCUGGCUGCUUAUGUGGCCAUUUGCUACACACAUCAAAUCUGCUUCAGCUGGAGGAAAAGCAACUUCUGCCCGCUUAAAUGUCCUCCUGGCAAGGAAUAUAAACCAUGUGUGAACACCUGUAAGACCCGGACGUGUCAGAACCGCGAUUACUAUGAGGAGAGCACCUGCUCUUCAAUCAGAGAGGAGUGUGUUUGUAAAGAUGGCACCAUCCUGCACCGAGCAGACUCCGCCUUCUGUGUCACCGAGGACCAGUGCGUGUGUACGGAUAACGAGGGCGCUCCCCGGGCACCGGGCGAGGUGUGGAACGGCUCUCUGCGUGGCUGCUGUCUGUUUAAGUGUCUGGAGAAUGGCAGUGUGGUGCCUGUUGAACCCGAGUGCAGUUAUGAACCUGCGCCACUGUGUGAAAGAGAGGGAGAGUAUGCAGUCGAUGUGCUGGAGGAAGGAGUCUGCUGUCCUAAGAAGAUUUGUGAGUGUAACCUCACCAUUUGUCAGAGUGAAGUGCCCAGCUGUGAGAAUGGAAACAAGCUGGUGAUUGGCUACAGUGCUAUUUCCUGCUGUCCUGAGUACAGAUGUGAAUGUAACCAGCUAUCCUGCCCGAGUGUUCCGGCCCCGGUCUGCAGAGAAGAUCAGUUCCUGGUGGAGGUCAGAGGAGCACAAGCCUGCUGCUAUAGCUACAUGUGUGUAUGUGAGUCAUGUAUUGAGCCGAUUCCAGUGUGUUUGCCUGGAGAGAUUCUGGCUGUGGAUAUGAACACCACUAAUCACUGCUGCCCGCAGUAUCAUUGUGUGUGUGAUAUGAGUCUGUGCCCUGAGCCCAGUGUGAGCUGUGCACCUGGAGCUGUGCUGGUGAAGAGACCUGUGCCAGACAACUGCUGCCCAGAAACACACUGCGAAUGUCAAUGUCACAACAUCACACUUCCUGUCUGCACUGUGGGAGAGGUCAGAGUGGAGGAACCAGACCACGGUGGUCCAUGUGGAUGCCUCCUGCACUCCUGCAAGAAGGCAGAGGUGUGUCUGUUUCAGGGUGUAACGGUGUUAAAUCCGGGUCAGUCUAUGGUGCAGUAUUUUGAGGGGGAACUCUGUUACACCGUUCAGUGUCUCACUCAUAAAGAUCCCAGCACUGGAUUCUACGCCAUAGAGGUCACCACUGCCAACUGCUCUGAGAAAUGUGAAUCUCACCAGGUUUACGUUCCUUCCUCUGAUCCUCACGUGUGCUGUGGCUCCUGCAAAAACAUCUCGUGUUCUUAUCCCAGUGAAAAUGGCACUACAGAAGUUUUUAUGGCAGGUAGCUCGUGGGUGGCUAACUGCACGCGGUUUGACUGUAUGGAGACUGCAAUAGGAGCAGUAGUUCUGGCCUCUGGAGUCGUCUGCCCUCCAUUCAAUGACACUGAGUGUAUUCAGAAUGGAGGUGUCGUUCAGACGUAUGUGGACGGUUGCUGUAAGACGUGUAAAGAGGAUGGUAAGACCUGUAAGAGAGUCGCCAUCAGGACCACCAUCAGAAAAGACGAUUGCAGAAGUAACGCACCUGUGACUGUGUACUCAUGUGAUGGAAAAUGUCCAUCUGCAACCAUCUUUAAUUUCAACAUUAACAGUCAUGCACGUUUCUGCAAGUGCUGUCGUGAAAAUGGCCUACAAAACCGCAUCAUUCAGCUGUACUGUACUCGAAACACCACUACGGUGGACUAUUACUACCAGGAGCCAAUAGACUGCUCAUGCCAGUGGAACUGAUCAAACUACACCGCAAUACAACAACAACAAAGCCCACAUGUGUUAAGUUACAAUCUCAGAGCGAGCACUAGUUUGACAGGCCCGACUUUGACUGCAUUUACAGUACAGUAUAUUCUGCAUAUUUUGUAACACUGCAAACUACUAACACCAAUGCUGUAUUUGUUGUCAUUGAUUUCUAUAAUUUAUCUGUAAGUCAAUGUUAAUCAAACUUUUAUAAAGAGGAUAAAGCUAGAAACUGCAGUUAAAUUGGUGUAUUAUUUAGAUUAUAGAAACAUAGCAUUUGUUAAAAGAUUUCAAGACAUUUGGAGAAGUAUUAUUAGUAUCAAUAUACCAUAAAUGUUAUCUUAAAAUGCAUAUUUACUUUUUUUAACAUAAUGCUUAUUUAAGCAAAAGACACAUUUCCUAUUUUUACAUCACAAGCCAGUCUUAAGUGGGUCUUUGAGAAAUACAUUUAUUUAAAGAUCCCUACACACUUGUUUGACAUGUUUACAAUCCACUCACUAGUUGUGUUGACACUGGCUGUCUCAAAAAAAGCAUAUUCUGCAUAAUAAACCUAAUAAUUCAACAAAUAUGUUUUCUGCAGCAACAGAACAACAUAGCAUUAGCCUAAACAUUCCUAACAUACUUAAACUUGCAUGAAGUUACAUGUUACUGUAAUUGUUUAAAUAAAUUCAAAUA